AUGGCAGCAAAGCGGAGAGUUGUUUAUUAUCAUCGAGCUGUGUUAUUCACAAUAACAUGGAUGUCUCUGCUACAAAAUCACCACGUAGUUCACUCCGCCGAUACGUCGCCGGACAAGGAAAAGAUCGCCCUUAACAUUCUCUUCCAAAAGUCGAUGAAAAUGGAAGAACUUAAUUGGAAUCCUAACACAUCUACCGCAUGUUCUUGGCCUGGAGUCACCUGCGACAACAAUAAUCGCGUCAAAUAUCUCCGCCUCCCCGGAAAAGCUUUCAUUGGUCAGAUCCCAGAAAAUACAAUCGGUUUAUUGACUAAACUUCGAGAACUCAGUCUCCGGUUUAAUAAGUUCUCAGGCCAACUUCCAUCGGACUUUUCAAACCUAACCCUGCUCCGGUCCCUAAACCUUCAUAACAACACCUUUUCUGGUCAUUUCCCUCUUGUCAUCACUAAGUUAACGAACUUACAAACGUUAGAUAUCUCAGCAAACAGAUUUUCCGGCAAUAUUCCUUGCGCCAUCCAAGAUAUGCCCCUUCUCAAACGAUUACGUCUUGAAAACAAUAGGUUUACAGGUAAUCUUCCAGGACUUCACUUCCUUAGAUCGGUUAAUUUCAGCGUGGCAAACAACAACAUCACUGGGUCCGUUCCCACAACCCUUUCCAAGUUACCCUUGGAGGCGUUCGCCGGAAACCCUCUUCUGUGUGGCGAGCCUCUAUCUUCGCCGUGCAUUUACAAGAUAAAUCAGUCUUAUUUCUCUAUCAGUGAAUACUGCUCUCCUUUAACCCCUCAACCGAUUCCGACACUCGCCAAAAUUGCAAUGCCCGGAGGAGGUGCUCUAUACCUUUUACUUUUUAUUAUAAUCCUCUUAUGCCCAGUUCGAAGGAAACAGCUUCCUCCUCCGUCGACCAGGGACCUGCAGGGAUCAAUGGGCUUUGAAGGAAAGAACAAACUGGUUAUCUUUCCAGAGAAUAAUCACCGGAGUGGUUCGUCAUGGGCUAAGGGACUUACAGCGGCAGACGUUAUGUCGGCGUCGGUGAUGGAUCCGCGGUUGGCAAAGGGUAAGAUUGGGACGUCGUACAAGGUGGAGUUGUUAGUGACAGACAGAGUGUUGGUGGUCAAGAACCUCAUGGAUCCGGAGGCGGUAGUCUCCGGCGAGCUAGAUUUUGCCGAUAAAAUGGAAUUCCUGGGAAAGAUUAGGCAUGACAACGUGAUGCCUCUGAGAGGAUAUUGUAUUUACAAAGAAGAAUAUUUGAUGAUCUACGAUUUCAUUCCUGGCGGUAGUUUGUAUGAUUGUCUUCACGGUAAUGGGUUUGAUUUGGAUUGGGAGAGCCGUAAGAGAAUAGCAUUGGGCGCAGCGAGAGGAUUAGCCCACCUGCACAAGGAGAAGAAACUGGUUCACGGGAACAUCAAAUCCUCAAACAUUCUUCUCCAUGGGGAAUACCCUGUUGCCCUUGACGCCUAUGUGGCGGACUUCGGCCUAACCGCCACUCCGCCAACAAGCUAUUAUGGCCCUGAAACAACAACAACUGUGGCCACCAAUAUUAAAAGCGAUGUUUAUGCAUUCGGCGUUCUCCUACUGGAACUCUUGACUGGAAAGUCCGCGGAUGAUAGGAAUCUUGUGCAGGAAAUGCAAUCAUCUGUCACUGCAGAAGGAGGGGCGAAUGAUGAUGAGAUUUUGGAUUCAAGAGUGAUGAUUCAAUAUGAUGAGAAGAAGAAGAUGAGCAUGGUUUGUCUGCUGCAGAUAGCAAAGCAGUGUACGCACGAAGUAGCAGAUGAGAGGCCGAAGAUGGAGAAGGUGGCUCGCAUGAUUGAGAAUAUUCAUGAUAUGAACAACAUGAACAGGGAGGAUGAGAUUGGAAAUGGGCUAGCUGGACCGGUUGAAGAGAUGAGUCAUGAGGUUUGUGAGGAUAGUUUGCUUCAUCCGGGCACACCUCCUCCUCCUGAUUUUACACCAUAA